AUGGCUCAGACAAAGACCCCAAAAGUUUUAUCUGUUCGCCAAGACAAACAUUUCGUGUUCGCUAAAGCGGGAGACAGCCUGACUCUGCAAUGCUUCUACGAAAACAUUGUGGACGCACGGUUCUACUGGUACAGGCAAAAUCUGGGACAGAACCCGAGGCUGGUCUCCUCCUAUUACAAGUACGAGACCAACGCCACUUUCCACAAUGAAUUCAGAAACAAUCCGCGCUUUGAGCUGGAGACCACUAAAGGCAAAAAUCACUUGAAGAUAAGAGAUCUGAAGAUUUCAGACUCUGCAGUUUACUUCUGUGCAAGUAGCUACCUAUACAUGCUGGAUUUCGCUGAAGGCACAAUGGUGUAUGUAGAACAAACAGGUUCCAAGCUGCAAACUUCAGUUGAUCAGUCAGCAUCGGAGACCCUCCGGCCCGGAGGCUCUGUGACCCUGAACUGUACGGUACAAACUGGGACCUGUGGCGGGGAGCACAGCGUUUACUGGUUUAAAAACUCUGAAUACUCUGAACCAGGACUCAUUCACAGCAAAGGGGGUGAGAACAAGCUGUGCAAGAACAAAUCCAGCGCACGGACACACAGCUGUGUGUACAAGCUGCCGAUUAGCAAACUGGACGCCUCUCAUGCUGGAACCUACUACUGUGCGGUUGCCUCGUGUGGACACAUUCUGUUCGGAAUAGGAACAAAGCUGGACUUAGAAGAUACCAACAACUUGGAGACUAAUUUAUGGGCCGGAGCCUUUUCUUUCACCUCCCUCCUGAGUGUUUCACUGACUCUCUCGCUGUGUGUGAUACAUAAGAAAAGGAGCUUCAAACAUUCAAAGUCUGUAAAAGAGCCAUCCCAUAAGCCAGAUGUGAAGGAUGCUUACACUGCACAAAAGGCAUAUUAUGCUGCCUUUUUUGCGCUGCGCGAUAGACCCCACAGGAGAAAGGAUCCCAUCUGGAGUGAAUGUGUUUACCACAGGGAAGUCAUCACCACGUCGCUCCCUUAA